GCAUUUCUAGGCUUGAUUUUGGAAACUAUUUAUGGAAAAAUGAAUUAUUUUGAUUUUUUUUCUUUUUUUUUUUUAAAUAAAAAAAUCAAGACUAGACUGUGCCUGCUUCAUCAUUAUCUCCAUUUUCACCCUCAAACAUGGCAGCAAAGCCCCAUCUCGCCUCUUCCGCAUCCAUGGCUUUAACCCUCAACUUCAGUUCCUUUAAUUCCAUGCCCUUUCUCUUCCACUACUCUUCUUCUUCAUCCCAACUCACAACCAAGACAGGCUCUAAACCACAAUUCUGUAUCAUUAUUCCUAAAAUCUACAGCCGCCAGACCCCAACUUUGGCACUUUACCGAAGAUUAUUCCUUCCUUCAGUUUCUGGAAUCUGGGAUGCCCUGACGGGCGGUGAUUCUGCUCGUGAAGCUGUAAUCUCCAUUCGACGAGGAAUGCUGCUCUUCAGGCAGGGUGAUGUUUCGGGGUCUUUAGCGGACUUUGAUCGAGCCAUCGAGCUAGAUCCCCGUCAAAAGUCAUAUCUUUGGCAGAGGGGACUAUCACUUUACUAUCUUGAUCGGUUUGAAGAAGGCGCAGAGCAGUUUCGAUUAGAUGUUGCUCAGAAUCCAAAUGACACAGAGGAGUCAAUAUGGUGUUUCCUCUGUGAAGCUCAAUUAUAUGGAGUCAACGAAGCAAGGAACCGAUUUCUUCAGAUCGGCAAAGAUCCACGACCUGUAAUGCAGGAAGCUUAUAACCUUUUUAAAGAUGGUGGUGAUCCUGAAAAGUUUGUUGCUGCAUUUUCAAGUGGUCAGGAGAAUGAGUACUUCUAUGCUUCUCUAUAUGCUGGACUUUAUCAUGAAUCUCAGAACGAAGAGGAUGCUGCCAAACUUAAUUUACUUGCUGCAUGUCAGUGCCCUUAUGGACUAAGGGCUGAUGAUUAUAUGGCUUACCUUGCUAAGGUUCAUUGUCAUUGUCGAAAUUGGAGCUCCAGCUAAAAUAUUAGCUCAAGCUUGGCAUAAAGCUGCAAACAGUAGACUACCCUAGCCAGCCGCCCCAGUUAUCGGGAGCCCCAUGUGCUCAACUAUAUUGUUUGCACGUGCACAGGAAUGCAUCGCUAAUGCCUUAAAGCCUCAAGCAUAUCCUAUCUUGACCUAAAUAAUUAUGUCAAAUGAUCUCACCCUAACUUAAAUUGUAGGAUAAAACUAUUUCUCAAUGACCCAAUACAGAGGGAUGCAUACUAAAGAACAGUUGCUGAACACGACUGAGAUGCAGAUGGUUUUGUGUUUUUGCUUAUAUAUUUUUGUAAGUAUCACUGAGUGAUUAAAUAUAUUUCAUGCAGACUAAAGAGGGGUGGCACUAUACAUUGUAAGAUAUCAAUCAUUGCACCUCUUGUUGCAUAUUCUCUAUUUUGUGCAUGAACUAUUGGAGAUCUUAGCAGUUCUGGCAUAGGAUAUGCCACAUGCAAAGGUCCUGAACACUUCUUAUUUCUUAAUGUUUGGUAUCUUGGAAUGAAGUGAUGCUGCAUUGGGAAACAUGAAUUUUAAACC